AUGGACGUUAAAUCGCUACCAGAAUUUCGAUUCUGCCCAUAUUCAGUCAAAUAUCCUUCCGACUCUAAAGAACUACUGCCAGCAGAUGAUCUAAUUACCGUCAACAACUCGUCCUCAUGGACAUACUGCGGACCCCUCCUGACCCUCGAACCAUGUAACCUGCCAUCAUCCUUUAACACCUGGGCAGAAGCCACAAUCAGCGGCUCAAUAAAGCCCCCCUUAUUCUCAUUCCUGGCAUAUGUCCACGAUUUCCUGACCAAAAACAAGCAAUCCCAUUACUGGCUCACAAUCAGAGCAAGCAAUGGCUCGGACGAAUUCGAUACCCCACGCUGGCACACGGACGAUUUAUUCUUCUCUCCCCUCCAACCGCAAAUAAACCAUACAAGGCGUCAAUCCUUCUUCUCACCAAUCACUAAUCUACUCAAAACCACCGGAACAGGGCAAGCAACAACAAACCAAAAACCCUCAGCCCCAAUCUCACCCUACAAACACCAACCCGGGCAUCAUGACCACCACCCACCGUCCACACCUCCAACUGCCCAAAUCCCCUCCAUAAGCCCCACCCCAACGAACUGGAAGCUCACAACAACCCUCCUAGGCCCCGGAACCCUGUUCAUCCCACCCGCGGCAACCCACCUAGCACGCGCCACACAACAAGCCGCCAAAAACGACGCCCGCGCCGCAGAUCCUGGUCACAUAUGUGUGUCCGUGCGCUGUGUCGGCUGCGCCAUGGCAGCGGAGUCUGUGCGAGCACGGCUAGCUGCUGAGCUAGGCCGACAUGGGGUUAUGCAGGCGUCGGUGGGGGAGUGUGUCUUCUUCCGGGUUGGCGAAGAGGAGGGCGCGGUGCAUUCUGAGCCGCAAUCACAUGGUGAUCGAAUUUUUGUUAAUGUUGUCCCCGGUCAUGAGGUGGAUCUGAGGGCGCUUAUGGCGAAGUGGGGGAUGGAAUAUCCGCGGGCUUGGUGCGUGGGAUUGCCGUUGGAUAUUGGGGAAGGGGAGGAGUGUUUGAGGGAUGUUGGGAGUCAGAUUUGA